CAGGUUCAGGGAAUGAGUCAAUUUCAAUUCUAAUGGAAACUGCAACUCCAAUUCCUGAGCUGUUUCUACCUGGUCAAUGCUUAUGGUGACUGGAGUCCAGUGUGGCUCAGUUGGUAAGAGCGUUGCAAUAGAAAUACCAAGAUAGUGAGUUCAAUUCCCACAGGUAUUACAUAUAAAGGUGCUUAAGUUAUGCACUCUGUACUGUGUGUUUGUAUGUCCUCACUGUGUCAAGAGAAACUGUCUGCCUGGGGUAGAAAGGCCUUGGUCCUCUUCAGAAGGGCACACUGUAGCAAAGCGUUUAGCUAUGGAAGAUUGAAACUAAACCUGUUCUUACUGGACAAGUUCAGGUAGCACUGUACCUCUGCGUUUUAAAACGUUUCUCCCUACUGAACACGACCCAGCUCUGAAUUCUGCCAGAGCUCAGUAAAACCCACUACUCACUGAGGUGAAGAAAGAGUUAAUGAAAGAUGCAAGAACAGCAGAAGUAGGGACCGUUCUGUCUCUGAGCAUGUGCUGCUGCCGUUGUCCUGGCUGAUACUGCAGUGAAGGAAAAUGUGUCCAUUUUCAUUGGACAGUAGUCCCCUCCGGAAUGGUGAAUGAGCCUGUAACUGACGGUCAGACGAUGUCCUGGUUGCGGAUGGUGAUUCUUCGCAUUGCCCGUUGGUCCUGAGGUGCAUUACCGUGGAAUCUACAACCGUGGGCGACAAUCUCCCGACCUACGUUUCUCCUCCACUAGAUAAAGAGCGAGGGGCGGUCACCAUGGUGUAACGGGUGUCGUUGAACUAGACCUGCAGUAUGGCACGCCAAACCAACCAUUAGACCAAGAGGGAAAUCCUUGUGGUCUGAGGGCGACAUUUGGGGCCUCCAUCUCUCAGGCAGGACUGCCUUAUCACGAGGGCGUAAUUCCAAAUCGCAUCCACCGCAAUGGCAAUCCCGGCACCCCCACCAGUGCCUCUGACGGUCCUGUCUCGCUGGUACCUGUACGCCAUCCACGGCUACUUCUGCGAGGUCAUGUUCACCGCCGCCUGGGAGUUCGUGGUCAACCGCAACUGGAAGUUUCCUGGUGUGACCAGUGUGUGGGCUCUGCUAAUCUACGGGACCUGCAUCCUCAUCGUGGAGCACAUGUACCUGGCCCUCCGAGCUCUCCGCUGCCCCGUGCUGCUGCGAUGCCUCAUCUAUACCCUAUGGACGUACAUCUGGGAGUUCGGUACAGGGCUGUUGUUGACCCAGUUCGACGCCUGUCCCUGGGAUUAUUCCCAUUUUCAGUAUAACUUUAUGGGGUUGAUCACAGCGGAGUACGCCCUGCCCUGGUUUUGUGCAUCUUUCAUGACGGAGCGACUGGUUAUACGCAACACGCUGCGGUUACGGAUGGACAGGGACAGGGUGGAAGGGGACCAGUCGGAUGCAGGCGGGGGAGGAGGGAGGAAAGCGUGGGGCGAACAAAGAGGAGCCAAUUGCUAUCUUAAAUUGGACUGAUCAGAGAACAAGGGCAUUUUCUAAUUUGGGAAAAGCCCGUCCUCCACCCUCGCACCUCUGCCCUCUCUCUUCUGUGACCUGGAAACCGAUAAGUGGUCUAGUGGUCGAGGAGUGUGUCAAUUUGUUAGUAGAAACAUGGAAGACAGUCCUCCCCUCCUCGGUAGCCUCCUUUUGGCAAGGAAGCACAAGUGUAUCAUACCUGAGACCUUUGCGGAAGAGUUUUGAAAUCUGCCAUACCCGCUUUGAAUCAGCAAUUUUUUUGUCAAAGGAGUAAAUCAUGAACACAUUUAAAAACGAUAUGCUACUCAUCCUUUUAUCUACAAAAUGUCUUGCACGACUGGCUAAAAUGUCUUGCACGACUGGCUAAAAUGUCUAGCACGACUGGCUAAAAUGUCUUGCACGACUGGCUACAUUUUGUUUUGAUCACUUUAUACAUUUAUUUGGGUAUUCCACCCUUUUAAAAGUGAUUUGCUUGAUGACUCAUGAUUGGAGAAGGAGAGUCUCAUUUCAUACAAGGGCAUUUUCAUCCACAUUCCCUCUCCUCUCCACGAUUA